AUGAGCGCGCCAUUUGAGGACCGACAGACUUUCCUCAGACUAGGCACCAAGAGGAACAUGAAGUGCUUCAUUUGCGACGAUAUCGUCACAGAUGCCGUCCUCUUCGAGCUUCCUCGGCAGCCUGAGUUCGUCUCUGGAGAGCGCAGAGCGGCCGACACCCUCGAUCAGGUAACAGACAGUGUCGAAGCUUUCAAGUUCGUCGACAAGCUAUGGAAUGUCACCGAGCACUUGUACGAUAACGAGCAGAUCUUCGACUCCGACAUCAGAGAAAAGAUCAACGAGACUCUAAUGUUUAUCGGCGAGUGCUACAAUCACAAGUACGGAUUACUCAUCAAGGAUGAGCAUUUGGCUGGUGUCAUGGAUGUGGCUAGAGAGAUGGUCAAGAUGCACUUCAAGUACCGAGGGACAGCUCCUGUACACUAUGAGGAUGACUUAUCGAUACUUUGGUCAGCGGCGAUAGGCGAUGCAGUAGGAUGGAAGAUUUCGACCACGUAUGGCGGCUGGUAG